AUGUCACCAAAAACCAUUGUUGUUACUUCCUCACAACAGUUGGAAAGAUCUCCACCCAAAACCUCAACUCCUCGUGAUUCCUCACAAAAGGAACAUGUUGUAAGCACAGGGGCACCUCAAUAUGAAGUAUUACCCUCACUUGAGAGUAUGCUUAACAGCCUCUCUCCCUGGGCAAAUUCUCUUUCAACACCACUCUCCAUAUCUCCAAUUCCACCAUCCAUUAUACCUUUGUUUGAUGCCAUUGAAAUUCAGACACAAAGCAGCCCCUCUCACCAACACAUUACUGAGAGUACAACUUCUACAUUGGCUGUGUCUGAACCAAUUCAAUUGGUUAACCCACAAACAACUGAGGAGGCUACACCACUAGAAUUUCAUGAAAUUCUUGCAGGUAGUUCAAGUGGAACAGCUACUACAGAUGUUGGAUCCACUGAUCUACAUCUGGACACUAGUUUCAUCAAUAAGAAUCCCUUGAAGGCAACCACUGCUGAAGCUACCAAGGUGUCCACUGGUGAGAUUUCUAAGGUAACUACUGCAGAGGGAAGUCCUCGGUACCGAGAAAAAGGGGCAUCUGUUGAUGAAAAUUUGGAGACUCCUCCUGUUUCAACAGCAGAUACAACAACCACUGGUGGGAAAUUAGAUGAUCCCAUUAAGUUGGGUGAUGAUUUAAAAUAUCAGGAUUUGACGGAGAGGCUUUCCACAAUUGAAACCACUAUUGCCACAAUGAAUGAUUCAAUCAGUUUUUUGGUGGAAGCUUCCAAAAGUCAGUCAACACGUCAACAGUACUCUCAAGAGCUUUGGAAUGAUGUCCAACCUAUUCUUGUUGCUCAAAGAGAACUGCUUGCUGCUCAACAUAAAACAGAAAUGGAUUUUGUAAGGGUUAUGGUUGAUGCAAGAUAUAAGGAUACACAGGCUGAUAUCAGGGGAAUCAAAGAAGCCCUGGUAAAAUUGACUGGCACUACCCCUGCUCCUGUCUUUGAAAAAGAAGAUGAUGAUGCCAAAAAGGGGGAGAAACAUAACAUGAAAAACUUUGGUAAGCCAACACCAAGACAAAAGCCAUGGCCAACAAAGAAGUCUUCUGCAACUUCUGCUGAAACAUCUGUCAAAGAUAAGGAAAAGGGAAUUGAUGAAACCCUGAACAUUCUAGCAGAUGAAGAAAUUGUAAAUAAAAAGACUAUACAAAAUCAGAAUGAAACAAAGGAGAGGAUCUGGAAAAAGGAACAAAAGGAGUUGAAAGAGUGGGAAAUAAAGACAAAGGAUCUUGGUACUUCAAAAAGCAAGAAAUCAUUAAAACACAACAAACCUCCACUUGCCAUAUUUUCUAAACCACAACCGCAAAAACAAACACCUAAAAAGCCAACCACUGCUGGUACAGAAAAGCCAUCCACUGCUACACCUAAACCAACACCUUCACCACAAAAACCACCUGCCAAAAAGCUGAAAACAAAACCUUCAUCACCAUUACCAUCCUCUAAUGCAACAGAUGUUGAUGCUACAUGA